UCCUCCAUUGCACUCCCCCUCCCGCCAAUAGGUGGGAGAGCUUUCGUUCGAGGUCGGCCGGUCCCCUUGGCAGCACACGCCGAGACGGCAGAAUGCCCAAGAGCAAAAGAAACAGAGUCGGUGAGCGCGAAGAGACAAUCUGACCGCAGCGCUCUGUUGGGGAAGACUGCCUUUGGAAUUGACGUCCGGCUCAAUUGCCGCCGCACCGCAGUGCACACGUCGAAGGUCAAGAAGAAAGGGAAGGAGUGGAAGGCCGGUCACUUGGACAAGAUACGGGAGUCGUUUGACCAGUACCCGAGGCUGGUGGUCUUUCGCUACUCGAACUUUCGGACCCGCUGCUUCCAGGAGUUGCGCACAGAGCUGCGCAAUUCGACAAGAUUCUUCAUUGGGAGGGACAGCCUGUUGCGAUUUGCCCUUGGCAAAACUAAGGCGGAGGAAUAUCGCCCGAAUUUGCAUGAGUUGUCAGAGUUGCUGCGAGGGGAGGUGGGAUUGCUGUUCACGAAGCUGACAAGAGAGCAGGUGUCAGACAUACUGAAGAACUUUGAAGAGGAAGAUUUUGCGCGUGCUGGAAGCAGAGCCACUGUUGAUUUUGCAGUUCCGAAAGGCCCUCUGGAAGGUUUUUCACACACAUUGGAGCCAAAUUUAAGGGGAUUGGGGCUGCCAACAAAGCUCAACAAAGGAGUGAUUGAGUUGAUAACAGAUCAUGAGGUGUGCAAGCAAGGUGAUGUGCUGACACCAAAACAGGCUGGCAUAUUGAAGGCAUUCGGCAUGAAGACUGCCAUCUUCAAAUUUGAGCCUCUGUGUCUGUGGGAAGAUGGCAGUGUUGUGAUGCUUGAUGGGGACAUGGAUGAGGACCUGUGA